AUGACGGCAAGUUUCCGGCAAGAUACCGAUAUUAUACAAGAUUCAUCUGAUGAAACUGUACAAGGUGGAAGUGUUGUUGAUAUGAGGAGCAACGAAGACGAUGAAGCUGUUGUCGGCAUCGGAGAAAAGAAAAAUGACAGCAAACAGCAUUCUGCUCAUAACCAGUACUCGGGAGCCAGAAAAUUGGUCAUUUUCUUAAUUGUAACAGCUAUGCAGAUGAUGCAGCAUGUAACCAUCGGUGGAAUGUAUCCCGUAUUUCCAGCAAUACGAUCUUCUUUUGACACAACAGAAACCAUUACCAACGCCACAACUGCUGUGUAUACCUUCUUAACGGGUCUCCUUCCUUCAGUAUGGGUAACACUUAGUAAUAUUUAUGGCCGACGUCCAAUGUAUAUGGUAUCUACUUUAAUCAUGAUAUUGGGCAACGCCGGGUCUGCACUUUCUAUCAAUAUCGGCAUGUUGCUCGCUUCUCGUGCCGUCGCUGCUAUCGGUGGUGGAGCGUGUGUCUCUUUGGGAGCAGGUGUUAUUACAGACGUUUUCAAUGAUAGUCAACGUGGAAGAGCACUUUCUUGGAACAACGCAUUGCCAAUUAGCGUAGCAGCAAUUUCGCCCAUUAUCACAGGAGCAUUAACACAAUAUCUUGGAUGGAGGAGCGUGUUCUGGUUUCUCGCCAUCUGUUAUGCAGUCUUACUUGUCAGUUUAGUAUAUGGUCUACCAGAGACCAAAACUCCCAACCAGCCAGCUUGCACAAAAGCUACUACUACGACUAAAAGCGACAACAAACAGAAGUAUCUAGUCAUCAAUCCAUUUGCAUCGUUGAAGCUACUGAGAUAUCCAAACAUUCUCUUGGCUUCUCUUUAUAUGGGCAUUAUGUACUUUGUCAACUACGCCGCCAAUGCUUCAUUUGCAUGGGCCUAUCACACUCAAUAUCACUUCAGCUCUACCUAUGUCGGCUUAUGCUACAUGCUGGGUGCCUUUGGAUACUGUACCGGUGCUUACGCGGCUGGAACAUUGUCUGACCGUGUAUAUCAACGACGGAUCCAAAAUGCAACAGAAAAAAACGAACGUGUUUAUCCCGAAAUGCGGCUCAGCAAAUUGGUAUUAACACCAUCCGUAUGCCUAAUGGCAGGUGGAUACGCUGCAUAUGGAUGGUGCAUUCAAGAAAACACCCACUUUGUGCUGGGAAUGUUUAUGCAAAUGUUCGGACAUGGUGCAUCUGUUCAAGUCUCACUGUUGGUAGUUAUUGAUUUGCAAGAGGUGCUCGGACAUGGUGUGCUGUUUUCGAUCUGUGGCGGGCUACUAUUAAUAGCAUCAUCUUUUGUAUACUAUGUCCAGAAAAACAGUGAAAAGUGGGAACAAAUGUUGAAGGAGUAG